AAUGUUGAUCAGUUUCUGCUACUGAAACUGUUAUCCAAAUAUAAUUAGGACAGUUCAAAUAUUUUGAGUUGUACAAAACUAUAUCAGUAUAUAUAAUGUUGAAUGGUGCGAUAUACCAUAGUUAAGUUAGCAUCUUGAGAUGGCCAAUAUCAACAGCAAUGAAGCCGUUCGUAUCUCAUUGCCUUUUCACAAGCUUUUUUCAUAUAGAGAUUGCAUGGACACAGUUCUGAUGAUCAUGGGCACAAUUGGUGCGAUUGCAAAUGGGUUGCCUAUGCCUCUGAUGGCCAUUGUCCUCGGUGAUACCAUCGACGCUUUCGGUCACAGCCAAGAUAAAGAUGUGGUUGAUGUAGUUUCUCGGGCAUCUCUAAACUUCGUCUACUUGGGGAUAGGCGCGGCAAUAGCAUCACUUCUCCAGGUGGCUUGCUGGACGAUCACCGGAGAGAGACAGGCCGUAAGAAUAAGGGCUUUAUAUUUGAAAACCAUUUUACGCCAAGAUAUUGCUUUCUUUGAUAAGGAAACAAACACCGGAGAGGUCAUCGGUAGAAUGUCCGGGGACACCCUUCUUAUACAAGAUGCCAUGGGAGAGAAGGUGGGGAAAUUUAUACAACUUGUAGCAACAUUCGUUGCAGGAUUUGUUAUAGCAUUUACUAAAGGGUGGUUACUCACCUUGGUCAUGCUAUCAGCUUUUCCCCUGCUAGUGAUGGCUUUCGCUGUGACGUCUAUCGCAAGUGCUAAGAUGGCCUCCCGGGGUCAAAAUGCUUAUGCAAAAGCAGCAAAUGUGGUUGAGCAGACUAUUGGCUCGAUCAGAACUGUUGCAUCGUUUACUGGAGAGCGACAAGCCAUAAGUAAUUACAUGAAGCUUCUCGACGCUGCAUACAUUUCAGGUGUCGGUGGAGGCACUGCUUCUGGAAUAGGUCUUGGAGUCGUAAAUCUGGUCCUGUUCUGUACCUAUUCUUUGUCAGUAUGGUUCGGUGGGAGGAUGAUAGUGGAAAAGGGAUAUACAGGAGGCAACGUGCUCAAUGUGAUUGCUGCGGUGUUGGUUGGUUCUAUGUCCCUCGGGCAGGCAUCUCCAAGUAUGACUGCAUUUUCUGCUGGACAAGCUGCAGCUCAUAAAAUGUUUCAGACUAUUAUGAGACAACCUGAGAUAGAUGCUUAUGGCACAACGGGAAUGGUAUUGGCUGACAUCCGCGGAGAUGUUGAGCUAAAGGGAGUAAUUUUUAGUUAUCCAGCCAGACUAGAAGAACGAAUUUUUAACGGACUUUCUCUAUCAAUACCUAGUGGAAUAACUGCAGCAUUGGUUGGCCACAGUGGAAGUGGGAAAUCAACAGUGAUCAGUCUGAUAGAGAGGUUUUAUGAUCCACAGGCUGGUGAAGUACUUAUAGAUGGAAUCAACUUGAAAGAGCUUCAGCUGAAGUGGAUCAGGAGCAAAAUUGGACUUGUUGGUCAAGAACCUGUGUUGUUCACAGCCAGCAUUAGGGAUAAUAUUGCAUAUGGAAAGGAUGGAGCAACAACCGAAGAGAUAAGAGCUGCAGCUGAACUUGCCAAUGCUGCUAUUUUCAUCGAUAGACUGCCUCAUGGACUAGACACCAUGGUUGGUGAGCAUGGAACGCAGCUUUCUGGCGGACAGAAGCAGCGAAUUGCUAUAGCAAGAGCAAUCCUAAAAGAUCCACGAAUCUUACUUUUGGAUGAAGCUACAAGUGCCCUUGAUGCAGAGUCCGAAAGGGUUGUGCAAGAUGCGCUAGACCGAGUAAUGGUCAACCGAACUACCGUAAUCAUCGCUCAUCGCUUGACUACAGUAAGAAAAGCGAAUUUAAUUGCUGUUCUGCAUCAUGGAGUUAUUGUUGAGAAAGGUUCACAUUCAGAGCUACUCAGGGAUUCUAAAGGAGCAUACUCCCAGCUUAUUGGCUUACAAGAAGCAAACACUACAAAAGAAGCAAUGGAGGAACAUCAGAGAUCAGGUCUAUAUUCUGGAUCUGAAUCUCAAUCAAGUCAGAGGAAUUCAUUCGGCCAUUCAUCUGGUCCAAGUGUCGCUGAAAACCCGAAGCCAGAAGCCGAACGUAAAGACAUAGCUCCAAAGGUCCCCUAUGCUCGCCUGGCUGCUCUUAACAAGCCAGAGCUUCCCGUGCUUAUUGCGGGUUCGGUUGCAGCAUGUGGGAGCGGAUCAAUAUAUCCUAUCUACGGUAUAUUGAUCUCCAAAGUGCUUCGGACCUUUUAUGAACCGCCUCAUCAGUUGACGACUAGUUUAAAUUUUUGGGCUCUCAUUUUCGUCGCACUGGGGUUUGCAUGUAUAGUUGUAAUACCUCUACAGUACUAUUGCUUCGCCGUAGCAGGGUGCAAACUUAUUAAGAGAAUAAGAUGCCUUUGUUUCAGAAAGGCGGUGGGCAUGGAAAUCGCCUGGUUUGACGAGCCCCAGCACACAAGUGGCGCAAUCGGUGCAAGGCUUUCAGCAGAUGCAGCAACAAUGAGUACAUUGGUAGGGAACACCCUGUCACUACUAAUUCAAAACUUGGCAUCCGCGGUAGCAGGAGUGCUAAUUUCCUUCUAUGCCAGUUGGGAAUUGGCAUUGAUUAUUAUAGCACUUAUUCCGAUAUUAGGAAUUUCAAGUUUUCUACAAAUGAGGUUCAUCCAUGGAUUCAGUGCAGAUGCAAAGAUGGCGUACCAGGAAGCAAGCCAAAUAGCAACUGAUGCGGUUGGAAACAUAAGAACAGUUGCAUCUUUCUGUGCAGAAGAGAAGGUCAUGCAACUGUAUGGAAACAAGUGUGAAGGCCCUCUUAAGGCAGGACUCAGGCGAGGCAUUAUAAGUGGAACAGGAUUUGGAAUAUCCUUUUUCAUGUUAUUUUCGGUAUAUGCAACCAGUUUCUACGUAGGAGCGCAACUCGUCAAGCAUGGGAGAGCAUCUUAUGCAGAUGUUUUUCAAGUAUUCUUUGCUUUAAGCAUGGCUGCUGUAGGAAUUUCACAAUCAAGCUCUUUAGCUCCUGAUUCCUCCAAGGCCAAGAGUGCGGUGGGCUCCAUAUUUUCCAUUAUAGACCGCAAUUCAAAGAUAGAUCCAAGUGAUCAGUCGGGAGCGAGAAUAGAGAAUGUGAGAGGAGAUAUAGAGCUUCGUCAUGUAAGCUUUAUUUAUCCAUCCAGACCGGAUAUUCCAAUUUUUCGAGAUCUAAGCUUGGAAAUUCAUUGUGGAAAGAGUGUGGCUCUAGUGGGAGAAAGCGGAAGUGGAAAAUCAACAGUCAUUGCAUUGCUGCAAAGAUUUUAUGAUCCUGAUUCAGGACAUAUAACUCUAGAUGGAGUUGAAAUUCAAAAUCUCCAGUUGAAGUGGUUGAGGCAGCAGAUGGGGCUUGUGAGCCAAGAGCCAGUUUUGUUUAAUGAUACAAUCCGAGCCAACAUUGCAUAUGGAAAGGACGGGAAUGCAACCGAGGCAGAAAUCAUAGCUGCAUCACAGUUGGCCAAUGCGCAUGAGUUCAUUAGCAGCUUACAGCAGGGAUAUGACACUCUCGUAGGAGAGCGAGGAGUGAUGCUGUCAGGUGGCCAAAAACAAAGGGUUGCCAUAGCGCGUGCAAUAGUGAAAAGUCCAAAGAUAUUGCUUUUAGACGAGGCUACCAGCGCCUUGGAUGCUGAAUCUGAGAAAGUGGUUCAAGACGCACUAGACCGAGUAAUUGUGAGUAGAACUACAGUUGUGGUAGCCCACCGAUUGUCAACUAUUAAAAACGCAGAUGUUAUCGCAGUCGUUAAGAAUGGGGGUAUUGUAGAGAGGGGCAAGCAUGAAGCUUUAAUCAAAAUAUCUAAUGGCUUUUAUGCUUCCCUAGCUGCACCUCAUAUGAGUGCCUCAACUUCAUGAACUGUUAUUGGGAAGGUUCUUGCUAUCAUUUUGUGUAAUCUAAAAUCCAGACUAUUAUUCUAGACCAUUUAAUAAAAUGGUCACAAAAAUUUAUCUAGUCGCAAAAAUGGCCAUUGAUAGACGACUCAUUAAA